AUGGGGCUCUCUAAGUUUACGCCUUUCAAGAAGGAUCGCCAGAACUUCCCGGGAGUCGUCAUCCCACUGGCCAGCGCUCCUGCCCACGAGACGAUUAGUGCGGAUGAGAAGGCUGACAAGUCUUUGGAUCGUGCAUCCUCCUCGGAAAAUGGCUCUGCUGGCUCGCUGAAUGAAACCAGCCAUCUGACGCUGGAAGCUCUCCGUGCAGAAGUCGAGUCUGAUGUCGCCACAUCUGGCCAUGACUCUGUGUAUGAUCGCAAGGCGAAGGUGAUCAACCGUGCCCUCCAGGAUAUCGGCAUGGGCCGAUACCAAUGGGAACUUUUCUUUCUGUGUGGUUUCGGCUGGACUGCAGACAACCUCUGGCUUCAGGGUGUUGCUCUCACGCUAACCCCGCUGUCUUACGAGUUUGGUAUCUCCGAGUCACACGUGCGUUUCACCACUUGUGCGUUGUUCUUGGGUCUGUGUAUCGGUGCCUCCUUCUGGGGUAUUGCAUCCGACAUUAUUGGCCGCCGAUGGGCAUUCAACACUACCUUGUUCCUGGCUGGCACCUUCGGUUUGGCUGCAGGGGGUGGACCUACUUGGAUUGGGUAUCAUAACAGACCUGUUACUGAAUUUUUGUCCGUCCCCAGUGUUUGUGCCUUGUACGCCUGUUUGGGUCUUGGUGUAGGUGGAAACUUGCCCGUUGAUGGCGCUCUCUUCCUUGAGUUCUUGCCCUUCGCCUCCGGUAAUAUGUUGACCAUGUUGAGUGUCUGGUGGCCGGUUGGCCAGUUGAUCGGCAGUCUGUUUGCUUGGGCGUAUAUCCCAACCUUCAGCUGCUCGAGUGCAGAGGGUUGCACGAAGGCUCAGAACUGGGGAUGGCGCUACCUGGUUCUUACCCUCGGUGCCAUCACUUUCUGCAUGUUUGUUGCGCGAUUCUUCUUCUUCCACUUGUACGAGUCACCGAAGUACUUGUUGUCUCGUGGCCGUCAGGAAGAGGCCGUUGCUUCGGUCCACGGCAUUGCGUACAAGAAUAAGACCAAGACUUGGCUGACAACCGAGAUUCUCAACGAGAUUGGCGGCCACACGGUGAUCGACGAGGAGAAUGUCGAGAAACUCAGCUAUAACGAGAUUGUGAUGCGCUUCUUCUCCAAGUUCUCUCUGGAACGUAUCCGCCCCCUUUUUGCGACCAAGCGCCUGGGCUUCACCACCGUUCUGCUAUGGUUCUGCUGGGCCACUAUUGGCAUGGGAUACCCUCUGUUCAACGCUUUCCUUCCCCAGUACCUGUCCAAGUCCGGCAGCACCACUAACUCCACCUAUAUCACGUACCGCAACUACGCCAUUUCCUCGAUCGUUGGUCUGCCGGGUUCCGUCUUGGCCUGCUACACUGUGGAGAUCAAGUAUGUUGGCCGCAAGGGCACCAUGGCCAUUGCCACCAUGAUCACCGGUGUGCUGCUGUUCUGCUUCACUGCUUCCUCUAACUCCAACGUCCAGCUGGCCUGCACCUGCAUUGAGGCUUUCUUCCAGAACAUUAUGUACGGUGUUCUAUAUGCCUACACCCCCGAAGUGUUCCCGGCCCCUGUUCGCGGCACUGCUACUGGUAUUUCAAGCUGUUUGAACCGUAUUGCGGGUCUCUGUGCCCCGCUGGUUGCCAUUUAUGCGGGCGGAUCUAGUCCAGAUGCCCCGAUAUAUGCCUCCGGUGCCCUGAUUCUUGCCGCCUUUGUUGCGAUGGUCCUCCUCCCCAUCGAGACCAGGGGCAAGCAGUCCCUGUAA